AUGGCCCCGCAGUGCUGGCAGUGCAGUACCUGGGGGGCACACGAGGCUGUACACAGGCAGGAUGGCAUCGUUCCUUCCCGCUCCAGGCUCCUGGAGGAAGCCCUGGCACAGGAAGGGGCAGGACACUGCCGGGCACUGCAGCCACAGGGUGCCUGUGAAUGGAGCUGGGACCCUGCGUGUCCCUGCCCGUGGGCAUCGGGCUCUCAGCACACACCUGGGAGGGGGCAACCCCCGGCCCAGCCCACCCCCGCCCCGGGGACAGCGGAGCAGCGGCGAUGUGUCACAGCGGGCAAAGGGCACGGCGGGCAGGGGCAGGGACCAGCCAGGCAGCGGCAGUGGCAAGGUCCGAGGCGCCUCGCGGUGCCCGAGGGCGUCGUGCCCAGGGACAGGGCCGCUGGAUGUCACCCUUGUGCCGUGUGUGCCCAGGGCUGUGCCCUGCCGCGGGCAGCGGGCUGGCUGCGCACACGCGUGUGCACACAGCCGGGCGUGAACAGCGAUGUGCGCGCACACACACAGACACGCGGGGCGCCGCAGGCUCCGUCCCCGCGCGAUUUCCCAACUCCUGGCUGGACGCAGCGCCCCUGCAGCCCCCCCGCGCCCUGCCCUGACCUUUGCACAAAUCCCCCAGGGGGGCCGUGGGGAAGCUAUAAAGAGGGAGCCCAGGGCUGGCCCCGCCUCACAGAGCCCGGCGCAGCCAUGAAGGCGUCGCUGCUGUUCCUGCUCGCUUGCACGGCCGUCCUGGCGGUGGGAGCAAGUAAGGGCCAGGGGGCUACGCAGGAGGAGGGGGUCGGGGCGCUGGGGUUCCUCCGGGUCCCCCAGCACCCCCAGCUCAGAGCACCCCUUGCUCCCUCCAGCAUCCACUGCAAAGACUGA